AUUUUAUUCAUUUUCAGGUUUUGAGACCCAAACACACUGAACCGAACGUGAUCAACAAUGGCAGAAAACCCUCCCGAAACGGUGCCGUCUAGCUCACAACCUUCUUCGUCUUCUUCGUCUCAGAAAUUGCCUCAAGAUUCUCCUCAGGUCCCUGCAUUUUCGAAUCUUCCGCCGUAUUUGGGUGGAUAUUAUCAAAUGAUUCCUGGUAUGUACCCUGCACUUGUUCCAGGGUUAACUCUGCCGCAACAUGAGGAACAUGGGAACCGCGGAGCUGGCAUAUAUGCUGUUCCUGUUAACUCCUUUGAUAGACAAGUUACUGGACUUCCAUGCAACACCCUGAUUCCGCUGACUUACCGCAUACCCACCAGUAGGCCAAGUUCUGAAGCUGUUGCUGCCAGUGAAAAUCAGGGGCAAGCGGGACAGCAACCUCAACAGCAGCAGCCUGCACCUCAAAGACAAGUUGUUGUUAGGAGAUUUCAAAUUGCAUUUCAAAUUGAUUUAUUGCUUAUGUUGAAGCUGGCAGCUGUGAUCUUUUUAUUUAACCAAGAUGGAUCAAGGCAGAGGCUUAUUGUCCUUGUGUUCUUUGCUGCUAUUGUAUAUUUAUACCAAACUGGAGCUUUGACACCAAUAAUAAGAUGGCUUUCACGAGGUAUGCAGAGAGCAGCAGCACCUCCUCAUCCAGCAAGACCUGCAGCCAGAGCUGAAAAUGUUCCUCCACCCAGGCAAGAGGGUGAUAAUGUUACUCCAGCAGAGGGUCAACCUGAAGCCGAGAAUGGGAACCAGCCUGCAAAUGAAGCAGACCGGGCAGUUGGGAAUGAAAAUGUUGCAGAAGUUGGAGGAGUAAAUGGUGGGAAUCAGUGGUGGGGCAUUGUAAAGGAGAUUCAGAUGAUUGUCUUUGGAUUUAUCACUUCCCUUCUCCCUGGGUUCCACAACCAUAUGGAUUGAACUAUAUUUUGUAGUUUACAAGGUUUGUGAAAUUGACAUCUAUGGUCUGAGAGACCAUGCCCUGAAAUAAAAAUGUAUAGCAUCAGAAGUUCCAAGCGUCAUAACUAAUACAUACAUAGUUAGGUGCUACUAUAAUCCAGAGGAAGAUAUGGUGCAACUAUAGGGUGCCGUUUUUGUAUCAUUACUUGGUUUGUUCAUAAAACAGCUUCCAUAGUAGGACGUUAGAUUUUUUUUUUCU